AUGGCCGCCGCCGCCAGGUCGCUACUACGCUCCUCCGCCUCCGUUAUCCGAGCUGCUCCGGCGAGAUCGUCUUCCUUCGGAGUAGGUGCGCGUCCUUCCGUCCAUCGCGCGUUGGCUGCGCCCCCUCGCCUCCUCAGGUUGCCCGUGGAGGCGAGCUUCUGCCUGGAGUCCCUGCUGCCGCUGCACAGCGCCACCGCCUCAGCGCGGCUCAAGUCAAUGCUCGCCGUCGUGCCCGGCCAAGGCAUCGGCUAG